CCGGCAAGAGAGCGCAGCGCAGCGGCGGCGGGAACCGGGGAGCGCGCCGAGCGGGCCAUGGGCAAGUCAGCUUCCAAGCAGUUUAAUAAUGAGGUCCUGAAGGCCCACAAUGAGUACCGGCAGCAGCAUGGCGUCCCCCCACUGAAGCUCUGCAAGAAGCUCAACCGGGAGGCUCAGCAGUAUUCAGAGGCCCUGGCCAGCACAAGGAUCCUCAAGCACAGCCCGGAGUCCAGUCGUGGCCAGUGCGGAGAGAACCUGGCAUGGGCCUCCUACGAUCAGACAGGAAAGGAGGUGGCUGAUCGAUGGUACAGUGAAAUCAAGAACUACAACUUCCAGCAGCCUGGCUUCACCUCCGGGACUGGACACUUCACAGCCAUGGUGUGGAAGAAUACAAAGAAGAUGGGAGUGGGGAAGGCAUCUGCAAGUGACGGGUCUUCCUUCGUGGUGGCCCGAUACUUCCCAGCAGGGAAUGUCGUCAACCAGGGCUUCUUUGAAGAAAAUGUCCUGCCUCCAAAGAAGUAAUUCAUUAAAUGUAAUGGGAAUGUGGCAGACUUAACAUGGAUACGAAGUGCCUAGAACAACAAAAACUCAGCUGUGUGUCUGUCCCUGUGGGUGUAUGUGCUUGUGUGUGUGAUGCAUGUGAGUGUGUCUUGCACACGCACUUGGAUAUACGCUUCUGUAUGAACUUAUUCUUAUCAAAAGGAAUGAGCCUAUGAAGCCUUUACCCUGAUGGUUCCCUAGACCACAAUUAUUUGGACGCAGAGGGGAAAGAAUCAAUUUUAAAACUUUUUUUUUUUUUUUAAGCAAACUUCUUCUGUACAUUUCUUAUAAUAUUCAUCCCUGGGCUUUUUCUAUUCCAAACGUUUGUGAUGCUUCGAGGUGAAGUUCAUUUUAUGUGAUUUUCAUGCAUUGUAAUCUACUUUUGGUAGAUAUGUAAGAUUAUUAAACUCUCAUUUAAAUGUAACAUAAAACAGCUUUAAACACGUAAAUAUAGAGCAGCUUCCAUUGGAAACAUGGGACAGGCAGGAACUGCAUUUCACAGAAUGAUUGGGAUUGCUCAGUUGUAAGACAUGAUGUCAUCUGCAUGCCUCCUGGAAUUCUCUGAUGGGAAUGCCAAAGAACAAAUGGAGAGAAAAGUUGCACUUCCUUGCAUUUUCUAUCUUUAAAUAGCAAAGUACGACUACUACCACUGCCCUUGCCCUCCUCCCACCUUUUUUCUUAAAAUCCUCUGGCAUCUCAGAGCUCGGUAUGUGCCUCCUGGUUUCUGGGGCCUGGGUCUGAAAGUCACCCCUCCCCCACCUCAGCGAGGUGGCCCCGGGCCUGCUCCGGGAGGAAGCCCCUCACGCUGCCCGGGCUCUCGGCCAAGCAUCUGACCGAUGAGGUCAGCGAGCGUGGGGUGAGUGUGAGCUCACCAGGGCCCCCGGAGGAAGCCCUCGGCCUCUGGCCUGCCCUCGCACGCAGGGCGGGAGCCCCGGCCUGUUCGGCAGCCGUGGCGGCAGCUGCGCCCUGCUCCCUCCUGGGGUGUGUGACAGGCCCAAGUGUUCCAGGGAGACAGCCCACGUGGGGGCUUAGACUCGCCAGUUUGCUUCUUUGUUUUGCCUCACACCCUACAAAGUUCCCCUGAGUAACGAUUUCACGUGGUCCGCGUGGGAGGAAGCGACCCAGACGCCCAGCUGGGUGUCCUGAAAGCAUGGCCUGUCCAAGCGGUAAGACGGCCGGGGUGGGAGUUAGGAGGCUGCCGCCUUAGGGUCAGUCGGAGCAGGCCAGUCAGGGAACAUGCUUCCCGAAGGUCUGCGCCGCACUGUGAACACAGCCUCGUGCUGUGCCCUUCACUUCACCCAGGAAUAGUGACUGAGACAACAAUAAAGUUUUCUUCU